AUGGAAUUUGCGCCUUCAUCUCCUAUCGCCUCUCUCCUCGAUCAAGCAGUCCUGCCCCCACUAACUCGAUCUGACAUAGGCUCUGGUUCUGAUGCAGGUUCUCCCAGUGUUCCCCUCUCCCCAGUUGAUGAGGUGCCUCAACCCCAUGAGGCAAGGCAGAGUAUAUUGUAUAAUGUACCCAAGUCUCCGAAUGCAAGGCGGAGCAUAUUGUACAGACACCUUAAAUCUCCUUCGCACUCUCGCCUCAAAUCUUCUUCCUGGCAGCCUGGAAAGCCUUACACCAAAAUCUCUGUAUCUCCUCCCCGUCGUGGUCAGCAUCUAAUCGAGCGAAUGUCAAAGAAAAACAUUCCAUACACUUCCCAUCCAGCUCCACUGGAGCUUCGAUUUGCAGCUCGUGUAUCAGGGCAAGGAUUUAAACCAGAAUUCACGGCCGAAGAAAUUCAUGAGCGAGAGGAAGCAAUUUCCAAAGGCUUCUCACACUUGAGCCUUGCAACUUUGUACGAAUUGUUCAAAUCCAAGCUCACUGGCCAAGAAGCUGCAUGCCAACGUCUUGUGAUGAUGACAUGGGAGCUCGAGGCAUCAGAACGGUACACAACGUUUCUCAAUGGACUUCAUCAUGAGAACAAGGAUUGCCUCCUUUCCAGCGAUGAAGAGUUGAAAUGGAUCAGAAGCGUUUUUUCUGACCGGUCACAAGAAGAACUUGAGGACGAUAUCAACUACCUUCAAGCCAUUUAUGACGAUGAUUGCGAGAUACUUUGGGCUGUAGCUGCCCAAGCGGAUGUUCUCAAAAAGCAUUUAGGAUCACGUGUCCAAGCAGAUAUAUUGGGUUCCAUGGGAGAGUCUUCCCACUUGCCCCAAUUUGUCGCAGAACGACCUCAAAUGUCAGCAUUUGAUUUUGAUCCCUAUGAGCAGACUGUACCAGGGUGGCCAGGUGCGCUGCAACAGGCCUAUGAUGACACUCAAGGCCAGUCAUUCGGCCUGUCGUCGUUUGGAGAUGGGCAGGAGCAGGGGCCGUCGUUUUACUCGCAGGGCGCAACAUCAUUCGGAGAUGCACAGGGCCCGUUGUCAUUUGGAGAUGGGCAGGAGCAGGGCUCGUCAUCAUUUGGAGAUGGGCAGGAGCAGGGGCCAUUGUUUUACUCGCAGGGCGCAACAUUGUUUGGAGAUGCACAGGGCCCAUUGUCGUUUGGAAACAUGCAGGAGCAGGAGCAGCAAUUUUGCGGAGACUCACAGGGCACGUCUUCACACACUGAUGGACAGGACUACUACAAUGUCCGAGAUGCCCCACUCGACACAGGUCCUUCCAACUACCGACAAGGCAUCGCGCCUGUGUCUCGAUGGGUCGAGGGUGCCCCUGAUGGAGGUAUCAGUAUCGUAGAUCGAGGCGACGGUCUGAUUCCUCCAGCUUCAGAUCUGUCAAUGAUCCAUCGCAGGGAAAUACCUACCUCUGAAGUAGUACAUUAUGCAAGGACAACAACGACAUGCACACUCAGACACACCAACAUGCCUGCAACACCGUAUGUCGCACCACAAACAGCCACUAUUGCUACCGGAGUGCAAGAACCCAGUCUUGUCGCUGAGCCGCACGAUACGCCCAGUGACUCCGGACACGGAACGACGAAAUCACUGCCUAAAAAUCGCAUUCGUUUGACGCCGGAGGUGAUUAAACAGAUGCUGAACAGCGCUAAAGGAAGGGAUCCUGCACGGCUCGUAUUCUCAAAGCACGCUAUGACGUGCUCUAGAAAACGAAAGAAAAGAUUCAUCGAUGAGAUCAUCCAAGAAUCUGUCCCGAAUUUCUUCAGGCCUGAUGAGGUUUUCGAGGAGUUUAUAACCAACGCACACCGUAAGACAGUCAGCAAUACAUUAUUGGCGACAUGCGGUAAAAUGGUCGACUUCGCACGUGAGGGUGUUUGCGAUGCAUUCCAAUUGUUCCCCCCGUGGGGGCACUCUUUGCCACCAGGGCGAUAUCGGACUACCAGGAUCAAUCGCUUUAUAAAUGGACCUGAUCCGUUACUCUUCAUGCAUGACUUCUAUUUUGACGAGAAUGAUAAUAUAAUUGUCAUCGCAAAAUUUCAGAAUCGUUUCAUCAUGAGCAAUGUCAUCCGAUUCAUCUGGUACUGGGGAUACGCGUCAGUUCCUCAGUAUAUCAUGGCCGUUUCAGGCGCAGCUACCCACUGCUCGUUGCAUGAACAAGGGAGGGAGGGAUUGAAUGUUGACCCCUUCAGUGGACAAUUCCAUCAAGCCAAGUUCGAAGAAAUACUGAGGGCGAUUGAUAAUCUCACUCCUGCAGAGAAGGCCGAGUUUGAACAAUAUCUGCAGUACAUAUUAGAUAUUGGACCAUCGCAGACACGAGACAACAGCUCGUCGUCAUCUGACUUGGAUUAG